AUGCCCGCUGAUCCUGAGCAGGCACCAGCCGACCCGGAGCCUAUGCUUGCACCCGAGCCUAUACUUGCUCAUGAUCCUCUGCCUGAGCAUGACCCUGUACCUGUUGGUAUACCUGUUGUUGCACCACUUGAUAUCCCUCCACCCCGUCCAGGGGAAGGUCCAUCCAGCCAGCAGUCUGGCCAUGUUCCACCUGUGUCAGCAGCUUUUCCCUUCAUGCCUCAGUUUUCACCUGCUACUCAUUUUGCUUCUGCACCAUCAGGCGAGCCACUCAUAUGGUUUCCGCCGAACAUUAUGCCAGUUUCUGAUCCAUACCAUCCUUCACACUACACUGGUUACACGAGGGAUGACUUACUCCUGUCCUUGCAGCUUCAGCAGGAGAUUUUGUGUCGUAGAGUCAUGGAGCUAGAGAGGAUUCCACGUCCUCCACCUUGUACAUGUCCGUCACCAUUUGCGACUCCACCUGCUCCUCUUCUGCCAUACCCAGAUUUUGACGUGCGAUUUCUUACUAUGGAGCAGCAGAUUAGUUAUCUGUUGCGUCGUGUUCAUGCUCUUGAGGAGGAGUUAGCGCAUGUGCGCGGUUUACUUUUCGUUCCUCCACCUCCUCCUCCUCCACCAUCAGCAUAG